UUUAUGGUCUUUAAUCGGCGCUUAUCGCGACACGUUAGUCAACCUUCGUUAUCUAUGAGACUAAGGAGCGAAGGAGACGACACCUGUUUAGAAUAUCUAAGGCGUAGCUAAUUAACAAUUUCUUUGAAAACAACAAGUCGGUUACCCUCGUUUAUUUAUCGUUCUUCUCUCGUUCGUUUAUUUUAUUAUUAUUUUUCGUCGAACCGUCCUCGACUGUUCGUCUCGAGGAGGUGGAACGAUUCGCUCGGGGACAUUCGUGACGUUUCUCGUUUGCCUUUAAGAACUGGACAACGAUGUUUGCUGAGUUUGGUAAACAUCGAAUUCGGUUCGAAUCGGUCACGCGAACGAAUCGGUCACGCGAACGUAUCGGUCGUGUAACCGUACGCUCGCGUAUGCACGAUCCAAUGUAGUUUACGAACGAAUCACGAUCGAUGCUGGAGUAUAUGUAACUUUGUUGUGGUUUCGCGAAAAGUGGUUAAGGCUAGGCAACUAUCGACGCGGAUCAUCAGAUCCGAUUGCCCGAUAAAACGUAGAGUCACAUGCACGGGGGUAGUUCAGAUGGUGUUCUCGAGAUCAGUCGCGCUGGACGAGAGAAGAAGAGUCGAGGUUCGGGAGAAACCGCUUCGACGAGAAUGCCUCGAUGGGAAUCUCGCGCGAUGACGUUGCUCCUGGGGUUGCUGUUCGUAUCGAAGAGGCUCGUCGUAGCCGAGGAGUCUCUUCUCGUGAGGCCCAUCCAAGUUUAUGAGGGCCUGAUCAAGGGUGUUCACGAUUACUUCAACAACACCUGUAUAAUACUCUUUCACGGGGCGACGAAGUUGGUCAAAAUGGAGGGUGAGCGAACAGGCGAGGCUACUGCAUCUCUACAGCUCACGGUUCCCCGACGCGUUCCGGGACUGAGAGAAAUGGAACGUCUGUUGGCGUUGCAGAGAUACUUAAGCGGCUCCCUGUCCGUUCGGACCGCGAUCAUGGAUUUCCACAUGUUCGAGACGCGAGUCGGGAAGACAUAUCAUCACAUUAAGAGGCCGUUGUUCGUGCUGUUGAACGAUCUCGACGACAUCAGGGAUCAGUUUGCUUCGGUCUCGAAGUGGAUCGCGAUGGCCUAUCCGACGUGGCUGCUGUUCCUGAGGGACGACACCGCGCCCGAGCAGUUCCUGGCGAACGUUUACGUGCCGUUCGACUGCGUUCUACUGGUCGCUCGCAGGGACACUGAGGGAAGAGGCGAGGUGGUUCGGGACAUGUACCGGAUCGGUAACGAGAAUCAUUUGAGAUCGAUGAGGUUUGGCGCGUGGGACCCGGCUCGCGGCUUCCAGGGACCCACGCUCGGAUUGUAUCAACGCAGGCGCGAUCUCCACGGGCAUAAUAUAAGAGUCGUUUCCGUGCAGGAUCCUCCGGUCUCGCGGAUUCUCCGGGAUGAGGAUAGUCAAGCGUAUGGUAUCGGCGGGUUUUUCGGCGAGGUGAUACAACUGCUGCAAGAAGGAAUGAAUUGCACAUUCAGUUUCACGGAGGCCAAGUCGUGGGGCGUUAGACAGCGCAAUGGCUCGUGGACGGGUUCGAUCGGAAUGCUGGUGGAGAACCAGGCCGACCUCGCGGCCACCGAAUUGAUGAUGACGUCCGACCGGCUGGACGUCGUUAAAUUCACCACUCCCGUCUAUUCGACGAAAUGUCGGGUUUUCAUCAAGAGACCGGAUACCACAGCCGUGAAAUGGAACGCGUACUUUGCGCCGUUCGCCGUGAACAUAUGGAACGCGCUCGGGUCAAUGAUCAUACUCGUAGGGUUGAUGAUAGCCGGAAUGGACGCGUUCUCGAAGAAAUCGGAAUGGGUACCAGCGGAAGAAGCCAGGACCCCAGUCAGAAUAUCAGACAUUGUAUUCCACGUGUUCGGCGUGUUCUGCGGGCAGGGCAUGGAACCGUCGUCGUCGGAUUCUGUACGCUUGGUUCACUUGAGCGUUCAUUUGAUGGCCGUAGUCGUUCUCGCAGCCUAUUCCGCGGCGUUGAUCAGUUACUUAGCAAUCAAGACGUUCGUAAUGCCGUUCACUACGAUGCAGGGUUUACUGGACGACGGUAGUUAUCGAUUCGCGGUGGUCGGCGAUUCCGCGGAUUUCAGUUUCUUCGAGAACACCACUGACCCUGUGCUCAGCAUCAUGUUUGAGCAAUUGCUGACGUUCGAGUUCGAUCUGCCGGUGAAUUAUCUCGACGGCUUGACGCGAGUCUGUCGGCAGGACAAGUACGCGUUCAUGACUCUGGACAACAUGGCUUCUGUGCUGCAAGGAGACGUCGAAUGCUUUUUGGAACCUCUGGACACGAUGAUGCAAACCACGAUAGCAAUGGCAGUGCCGAUGCACAGUCCCUACCGCGGGAUCAUAGACACCAACAUUCUUCUGCUCCGCGACAGCGGCAUUCUUCAGCGGCUGCUAAAGCUAGAAUGGUCGAGGAACGCGAAUCGGGCUAAAUCCGGAUGGACCUCGGUAGAGCUAGAAGACGCGACGCCGUUGCUCGUUCUCAUGCUCGGCGCUUUCGUAGUCACCAUGCUGGUGUUGCUGGCGGAAUACAUGGUCGCUCGAAAUCGCGAACAGCGGCGGCGACCGGAUGCGAACUGAAUGACCAUAAUUCCCCGCGAGUACUCGUAAUUUGUCAUGGGUAGUUGAAUCGAAAGCGAGAAAGAAGAAGGAUAAAUAAAGCUGCGAGAACGUUUA